AUCGCCCCCGCCGCCACCCUGAAGUUCAUUGUUAUUAUCUUGGCCGCCGGGAUGGUGGCCUUCAUCGGAGCGGUAAUCUGCAUCAUCGCAGCCGUCCACACCGGAUCCUCCAGGGCUGCCGCGGCACAACAACAACCAGCAUCCGAUAAUCACUCGCUGUAUCCGGACUCGGCGGCGCAGAGCCCCGCUUCAGCGGGCUCCGUGGCCCGGGUCGGAUCUCUGGGCGCUCUCCAUGGUUCUGAAACGCCCGACUCAGAAGCACCGACCUUCAACAUCGGGCUCGGCGGGCUGGACGGGGUCACCGGACUCACCGGGCAUGACCCAACGGUCAGUCGGCUCAUCUGCACGCCGAUCCCCGCAGGGGAGUGCAACCCGAAAAACUUUCAGCAACAAGCGGAUGACCCGUCGCUGUACGCCGGGGAGGACUGGGGCUACCUCCGCACCACCGCGGAGGAGCUCCGGCAGACCGUCCUGCAGCAGAAGGACCAGAUACUAACAGACCAGCGGACCAUCCGGGAGCUGACGGGGAAACUAUCCGAGUGUGAGAAGGGGCUGGACGGCAAGAGCAGCAGCAGCAGCGCGGACAGACGCGGGAGCGCCGCGGGGCUGUGGGGGGGCAAAAGCGCGGCUGUGGAUGAAGCGCACCUGGAGCGGGUCAUGGUGCGGGACAGCCCGGGUUCGACGCCCGACGGUGUCCACUUGCUCACCGUGAGGGCUGUGGACGAGCUGGAGCAGGCUAUCACUCAGCUCAAAGACCGCAUAGAGAAACUGGAGUCAGACAUUGGCCCGUUUCCUCACAACCAGACGGACAGCGGCAUGUCAGGAGCGCCAGAGGAAGGCGGGAUGUCUGGCGGCCCAAACAGGUUGGCCGAUCCCGGGCACAGAGCUGGUGCUGACAGGCCCUGGAGGAUGGAAGACUUGGAGGGAGAGCUGGAGAAGAAAGUGGAGCUGCUGGAGAAAGAGAGAAAAGCCCUGAGGCUAGAGACAGAGAAGCACAGGCAAGACAUCGACCGCGGCAUCAAUAAACUCCACCACCGAAUCUCAGGACUGGAGGCAGGUGUCUCAGGGCAUUCUUUCCCAGAGGGCUACAGGCUGUCCUUCCCAACUCGGACGAACUACAUGUACGCUGUUGUGAAACACGCCAUCCCAGCGCUGAGGGCCUUCACCAUCUGCCUGUGGCUGCGGCCAGCAGAGGGAGGAAUCGGGACUCCUCUGUCGUACGCUGUUCCCGAGCAACCCAACGAAGUGGUGCUGCUGCAAGGUCUGCAUACCCCAGCUGAGCUGCUCAUCAAUGACAAGGUGGCGCAGUUGCCUCUGAACCUCUCCAGAGGCAGCUGGCAACACAUCUGUGUGAGCUGGAGCCAGAAGGGAGGCGCCUGGCAGGCCUACCAGGGGGGAAAGCUGAGGGGCGAGGGUCACGCACUGGCAGCCGGACAUCACAUCAGACCUGGAGGAGCGCUCAUACUGGGGCAGGAGCAGGAUUCCCUUGGUGGAGGAUUUGACUCAUCCCAGGCUCUGGUCGGAGAGUUGUCCCAGGUGGGUCUCUGGGACCGGGUCCUGUCUUCCAACCAGGUUGCCAGCUUGGCCCGCUGCGGCAAAGUAACCCAGGGCAGCGUGGCCCCCUGGACCGAGAACGGAGUUGAGGUUCACGGCGGAGCAACCAAGGACCCGGGGGAGCCUUGUAGUAAACACAACAGGAGUUCUCAAUGACCGAUGGGGGAAGGGGAAGUGAAGGAAAGACGGGCGAAGGGAGGGGUGAAGUUGUAGCCUUUUCAAGAAGGUAGGAUUCUGCGCCAGGAUUUUUAAACAACUCUACAUGGACUGACAAGUAUGUAAAAAAUGAAAAAUUAUGGUUAAUAUCUAUAUGACUUAUGUCGAGGCUUUGCAGUUACUUCACACAUCUGAUGCCAUCAUGGAGGGCCCUGGAAAA